AUGCACGGCGUCGGUGGCGCGGGGCUCGCGCUCCUGGCUUCGCUGCUCUGGGUCUCUGCACGGUGCCAGCACAGAGGUCUGUUUCCUGCGAUUUUCAAUCUUGCCAGCAAUGCUCACAUCAGCACCAAUGCAACCUGUGGUGAGAAGGGGCCGGAGAUGUUCUGCAAACUUGUGGAGCACGUUCCAGGCCGCCCAGUGCGGAAUGCUCAGUGCCGGAUCUGUGAUAGCAGCAGCCCAAACCCCAAAGAACGCCACCCAAUAUCAAAUGCAAUUGAUGGCACCAAUAACUGGUGGCAAAGUCCCAGUAUUCAGAAUGGGAGAGAAUAUCACUGGGUCACGAUCACUCUGGAUUUGAGACAGGUCUUUCGAGUGGCCUAUGUCAUCAUCAAAGCUGCUAAUGCCCCUCGACCCGGGAACUGGAUUUUGGAGCGUUCUCUGGAUGGCAUCAACUUCAGCCCCUGGCAGUAUUAUGCAAUCAGUGACACUGAGUGUUUGACCCGCUACAAUAUUACUCCACGACAGGGACCACCUACCUACAAAACGGAUGAUGAAGUGAUUUGCACUUCCUAUUACUCCAAACUGGUGCCCCUGGAGCAUGGAGAGAUUCACACAUCUCUAAUCAAUGGCAGACCAAGUGCUGAUGAUCUUUCGCCCAAAUUGUUGGAAUUUACUUCUGCACGAUUUAUCCGUCUUCGCUUACAACGCAUUCGAACCCUCAAUGCAGAUCUCAUGACCCUCAGCCACCAUGACCCUAAAGAACUGGACCCGAUUGUCACAAGACGAUAUUACUAUUCAAUCAAAGACAUUUCUGUUGGAGGGAUGUGUAUUUGCUAUGGCCAUGCAAGUAGCUGUCCUUGGGAUGAAACAACAAAGAAACUGCAGUGUCUAUGUGAGCACAACACCUGUGGCGAGAACUGCAAUCGCUGUUGUCCUGGAUUCCACCAGCAGCCCUGGAGACCUGGGACCCUUUCAUCUGGGAACACAUGUGAAGAAUGUAAUUGUCACAAUAAAACCAAAGACUGCUACUAUGAUGAAAAUGUUGCAACUCAAAAGAGAAGUUUGAAUACUGCUGGUGAGUUCAGGGGAGGAGGAGUUUGCAUCAACUGCCUGCAAAACACCAUGGGAAUCAACUGUGAAACGUGCAUUGAUGGAUAUUACAGACCACACAAGGUGUCUCCUUACGAGGACAAUCCUUGCCUUCCCUGCGACUGUGACCCCGUAGGGUCCCACAGUUCUGUCUGUAUUAAGGAUGAUCUCCAUUCUCACUUACAUGAAGGAAAAUGGCCAGGGCAGUGUCCCUGCAAGGAAGGCUAUGCGGGAGAAAAAUGUGAUCGUUGUCAGUUUGGCUAUAAGGGUUACCCAGCCUGUGUUCCCUGUGACUGCAAUCUGGCUGGCAGUGUGAACGAGGACCCCUGCUCUGAGCCGUGUCUCUGUAAGGCGAAUGUGGAGGGGAAGGAAUGUGACCGCUGCAAGCCGGGAUUCUAUAACCUGAAUGAAAGAAACCCCCAGGGCUGCUCUGAGUGCUUCUGCUUUGGUGUCUCGAAUGUCUGCGACAGCAUUUCAUGGUCCAUCAGCCAGGUGAAAGAUAUGUCCGGGUGGCUGGUCACUGACUUGAUCAGUUCAAAUAAGAUUCCAUCUCAGCAGGAUGCUCUGGGUGGGCAGCACCAGAUCAGCAUCAACCACACGGCGGUCAUGAAGCAUCUGACAUCCAAAUAUUACUGGUCAGCCCCAGGGGCCUACCUGGGAAACAAGUUGACAGCUUUUGGUGGUUUUCUGAAGUACACUGUGUCAUAUGCUAUUCCCGUGGAGACGGUGGACAGUGACCUCAUGUCUCAUGAUGAUGUUAUCAUCAAGGGAAAUGGAAUCACCUUAAGCACCCAGGCUGAGGGCCUGUCUCUGCAGCCCUAUGAGGAGUACUUCAAUGUGGUCAGGCUUCUCCCCGAGAACUUCCGAGAUUUUCAUACCAAGAGGGGGAUAGAUCGUGACCAGCUCAUGACAGUCCUUGCCAACAUGACACAUCUUUUGAUCAGAGCCAACUACAAUUCUGCAAAAACAGCUCUUUACAGGUUGGAUUCAGUUUCUCUGGACACAGCCAGCCCUAACACUAUAGACCUGUCACUGGCCACUGAGGUGGAACACUGUGAAUGUCCCCAAGGCUACACGGGAAUCUCCUGUGAGUCCUGUCUUCCUGGAUAUUACCGAGUGGAUGGAAUACUCUUUGGAGGAAUUUGUCAGCCCUGUGAAUGUCAUGGACAUGCCGAAGAGUGCGAUAUCCAUGGUGUUUGCAUUGCUUGCCAGCACAACACCAUGGGGAGACACUGUGAGCAGUGUGUGCCCGGCUUCUAUGGAUGGCCCUCGCAGGGGACUCCUGGGGACUGCCAGCCCUGUGCCUGCCCCCUCGCCACUGCUUCCAACAAUUUCAGCCCCACCUGCCACCUUGAUGUUGAUGGAGAGGAAAUGAUCUGUGACCAGUGCGCCCCUGGGUACUCCGGAACUUGGUGUGAGAGAUGUGCAGAUGGUUACUAUGGAAACCCAACUGUGCCUGGGGAAUCUUGCGUUCUGUGCAACUGCAGUGGCAAUGUGGACCCCUCGGAGGCUGGGCACUGUGACUCCGUCACUGGGGAAUGUCUGCGGUGCCUGGGGAACACCGAGGGCGCCCACUGCGAGAGGUGUGCUGAGGGCUUCUAUGGGGACGCCGUGACUGCCAAGAACUGCCGUGCUUGUGAAUGCCAUGGGCAAGGCUCCCUUUCCAGCGUGUGCCAUCAUGAGACUGGACUCUGUGCCUGCAAGCCACAUGUGACAGGACAGCAGUGUAACCAGUGUGCGUUCGGAUAUUACGGGCUGGACUCGGGGCUUGGCUGCCUGCCCUGUAACUGCAGCACAUCAGGCUCCGUGUCAGAGGACUGCACGGAUGAAGGUUGGUGUCACUGUCUACCGGGUGUGGCUGGGAGCAGAUGCGACAGAUGUGCACGUGGCUUCUACGCAUUCCAGGAUGGUGGUUGUACACCCUGUGACUGUGCUCACACUCAGAACAGCUGUGACCCCAAGUCGGGGGAGUGUCUCUGCCCUCCGCACACACGGGGUGAGGCCUGUGAAGAAUGUGAGGAAGGCUACUGGGGCCAUGACCUGGAACUCGGGUGCCAGGCCUGCAAUUGCAGCCACACCGGCUCGGCCAGCCACCAGUGUGAUGUGCUCACUGGCCAUUGCCAAUGUCAGCCCACCUUUGGGGGAUCAAGCUGCGAUCAGUGCUCUCCAGGCUACAGGGGCUUCCCAGAUUGUGUGGCCUGUGACUGUGACCCCAGAGGGACAUUGCCAGACACUUGCGAUCAGGAACAGCGUCUCUGCAGCUGUGCAGAGGAAACUGGAGCCUGCUCCUGCAAGGAAAAUGUCAUUGGUCUUCAAUGCACCGAGUGCCGAGCUGGCACCUAUGCCCUGCAUGCUGACGAGCCCCUGGGGUGCAUCCCAUGCUUCUGCUUUGGGCUAUCACAGCAGUGCUCAGAGGUGGAGGGUUACGUGAGGACAUCCGUCACACUGGACUCAACUCAGCCGCUUCUGCGUGUGGUUUCUCAGAGUAACCUGGAGGGCACGACUGAGGGGGUGUAUCUGCAGGCCCCAGACAUCCUCCUGGAUGCCGAGAGAGUCCGGCAGCAUGUACAAGCAGAGCCGUUUUACUGGCGGCUUCCAAGCUUGUUCCAGGGAGACCAGCUCCUGGCCUAUGGUGGCAAACUGAGGUACAGCAUGGCCUUCUACUCUUCCCAUGGUGUUGGCACCUUCAACCUGGAACCUCAAGUGCUCAUCAAAGGUGGCCGGACCAGAAAGCAAGUCAUUUAUGUGGAUUUACCUGCCCCAGAGAAUGGAGUGAGACAAGAGCAUGAAAUAGGAAUGAAAGAGAAUUUUUGGAAAUAUUUUAACUCUGUGUCCGAGGAAGCUGUCACACGCUCAGACUUUAUGUCUGUUCUUAGUAAUAUCGAGUACAUCCUCAUCAAAGCAUCCUAUGGACAAGGACUACAGCAAAGCAGAAUCUCAAAUAUUUCGAUGGAGGUUGGUGAGAAAGCAGAAGCACUGCAUCAGGGGAAGGAGGCGGCGUCCAUGAUAGAGAAGUGUCUCUGUCCACCGGGCUCUGCUGGACUAUCCUGUCAGGACUGUGCGCCUGGUUACUACCGAGGGAAACUUCCUGGAGGCGACCACAGAGGGCCCCUCCCCCUGCUUGCUCCUUGUGUGCCCUGCAGUUGCAACAACCACAGUGACAUUUGUGACUCCGAGACUGGAAAGUGUUUGAACUGCAGGGACAACACUGCUGGUGACCACUGCGAUAUGUGUGCUCCCGGGUACUACGGGCAGGUGACAGGUUCCCCUGGCGACUGCUCCCUCUGUACCUGUCCUCACCGCCCCCCUGCCAGCUUCAGUCCCACUUGUGUAUUGGAAGGUGCUCACAAUUUCUACUGUGAUGCCUGUUCUCCAGGUUAUGAAGGACGGUAUUGCGAAAGGUGCUCUUCAGGCUAUUAUGGGAACCCUCAAGCCCUUGGUGGCACCUGUCAGCGCUGUGACUGCAGUCCUACGGGCUCACUUAACAGGGACUGUGACCGUGGGUCCGGGCAAUGUGUCUGCAGACCAGGAGCCUCAGGGCUCAGAUGUGAAGAAUGUGAACCCAGGCAUAUUCGAGUGGAAAGCAAUUGCGUGUCUUGUGAUGAUGAAUGUGUAGGUGUGCUGCUGAGUGACUUGGAUAGAAUCGGCGAUGCCAUGAUUUCCCUGAACCUCAUUGGCAGUAUCCCAGUCCCAUAUGGAAUUUUGUCUACUACGGAAAAUACAACCACAUGUCUCCAGAAAUCCUUAUUAAUAGAAAAUGCACAAAAGGAAUGGACAGAAAGUCAACUUAAAGACAUUACAGAAGAAACAGACAACCUUCAAGGAGAGCUCACUAAACUAUUAACAAAUAGCCAACAUGUGGCCAGGACAACUGAGAAAAUCUUCAAUAAGAGUCACAAUCUCCUGGUAUUUACUGAGAAGUUCCAAAUAUGCAUACAAGAACUUAUUGAAAAAGCAGCAACUCUAAAUCAGACCUUGGAUAAAGAUAUCCAGCUACCCAGUUCUACCCUUCAAAACAUGCAAAAGAACAUUACAGCUUUGGGGGAAAUCUUACAGAAGAAAAAUUUUGUGCAGUUGCUUCAAAAGGCCAACCUCGAACUUCAGGCUGCUGAAGACUUACUGUCACAGGUCCAGAAACAAUACUGGAAGCCACAGGAAGAGUUGGAAACAUUAAAAGAAUCUACACGCAGCCUCCUUUCAAAACACAGCCAUGACCUGCAGGUGGCCGCAGAGCUAGUGAGGGUAGCAGAGGCUCAGAGCCAGGAAAGCCACCACCUGCUGCUCAUCAUCAGUGCCAACCUCCAAGCAUUCAGAGAUAAAAGGUUGCUUAUUAAAGAAGAGCAAAACUUGACCUCAACACUAAUCACCAAAGGGAAAGCAUUGCUAGAUACUGCCUCUACACUUGCAGAUGCCGUGCAAAACACCCUAACACAGCUGGAGAGUCACCGGGAUGAGCUACUUUUGUGGACUGCCAAGCUCAGGCACCAUGUGGAUGAUCUAGUCAUGCAGAUGUCCAAAAGAAGAGCACUGCACCUUGUCUAUGGAGCUGAGGACCACGCAGCUGAGCUCCAGAGACGAGCUGGUGCUCUGGACAGUGGCCUCAGAAAUGUCAGGCAUGUGUCCCUGAAUGCGACUAGUGCAACCAAUGUUCAUUCCAACAUUCAGAGGAUGGUUGAAGAAUCAGAGCUAUUGGCCAAAGAUGCUCUCAGGACUGUGACUCAGGCAAACCUGUUCUUAGAAUCCUUUGCUUCUAAAGGGAAAGCGGCUCUCCAGCACAGUUCCACAUUUCUCAGAGAAGGCAACAGCUUGAGUAAGAAGCAUCAAGGUAUCACAUUGAAACUGAAUGAAUUGAAAAAUACUGCAAACAGAUUUCAAGAGAAUGCUGAUGAAAUUACUAGGCAGACCAAUGAAUCACUCUUGAUGCUCAGAGCAAUUCCUGAAGGUGCCAGAACCAGGGGAAGCAAAGUCAGAGAACUGGCCACAUCUGCAAAUCGGAGUGCAAAGAACACGCUGAAGGGUGUCGUGGGGCUGAGCCAGAAGCUGCUGAACACGUCGACUGGCCUAUCUGGGCUCAAUGCCAGCUUGCGAGUAGCCAGGCAGCUUCUGCAGGACUCCUCUAUGACCACUCUCUUAGCUGGGAGAAAAGUCAAAGAUGCCGAAACACAAGCCAACUUGUUAUUUGACCGGUUGAAGCCCUUGAAGACAUUAGAAGAGAACCUGAGCAGAAACCUGUCAGAGAUCAAACUGCUGAUCAGCCAGGCCAGAAAACAAGCCGCUUCUAUUAAAGUCGCUGUGUCUGCAGACAGAGAUUGCAUCCGGGCCUACCAGCCUCAUAUAUCUUCUACUAACUACAAUUCCAUAACACUAACUGUAAAGACAAGUGAACCUGACAACCUUCUCUUUUACCUCGGAAGCAGCAUCAGUUCUGAUUUCCUGGCAGUGGAGAUGCGACGAGGGAACGUGGCCUUCCUCUGGGAUGUGGGCUCCGGGUCGGCACGGGUGGAAUUUCCUGACUUCCGGAUAGAUGACAACAAAUGGCACAGCAUUUAUGUAACCAGGUUUGGAAAUACUGGUUCAUUGAGUGUAAAGGAAACAAGCACAUCUCAAAAGCCACCAGCAAAAACUAGCAGAUCUCCAGGAACAGCUAAUGUUCUGGACGUAAACAACUCCACACUGAUGUUCAUUGGAGGACUUGGAGGACAGAUCAAGAAGUCCUCUGCCAUAAAGGUUACUCAUUUUAAAGGCUGCAUGAGUGAGGCCUUCUUGAAUGGACAGCCAAUCGGCCUCUGGAACUAUGUGGAAAGAGAGGGGAAGUGCCAUGGCUGUUUUGGAAGUCCCCAGAAUGAAGACUCUUCCUUCUAUUUUGAUGGAAGUGGGUAUUCUGUUGUGGAGAAGACACUCCGGACUACCAUGACUCACAUAAUCAUGCUUUUUAAUACCUAUUCACCUAAUGGGCUUCUCCUCUACCUUGCUUCAAAUGACACUAAAGACUUUCUGUCUGUUGAGAUGGUCCAUGGCAGAGUUAAAGUCACUGUUGACUUGGGCUCAGGGCCUCUUGCACUUAUCACAGACAGACGCUACAAUAAUGGAUCCUGGUUCAAAAUAGCUUUCCAGAGAAAUCGAAAGCUAGGUCACCUCGCAGUUGUUGAUCCAUAUAACACCAGUCACAAAGAGACGAAGCAAGGAGAAACUCCCGGAGCAUCUUCUGAUCUCAAUCGUCUCAAUAAGGAUCCCAUUUAUGUGGGUGGAUUACCUAGGUCAAGAAUACUAAGAAGUGGUAUUAUCAGCAAGAACUAUGUGGGCUGUAUCAGAAACCUGGAAAUAUCCAGAUCAACCUUUGAUUUACUCAGAAAUUCCUAUGGAGUGAGAAAAGGCUGUGUACUGGAGCCUAUCCGAAGUGUUAGCUUCUUGAAAGGUGGCUAUGUUGAACUGCCACCCAAGUCUUUGACACCAGAAUCAGAACUGUUGGCAACAUUUGUCACUCAGAACAGUAGCGGCAUCAUUCUGGCUGCCUUGGACAAACCUGAGAAGAAGCAAGAUCAUGUGCCUUUCUUUGCCAUUGUGCUGACUGAAGGCCACGUGGAAGUGCACGUUGAUUCUGGGGAUGGAGCAAGCCUGAGAAAAGCUCUCCUGCACUCUCCCACGGGCACGUACAGCGAUGGACAAGAACAUUCCGUCUCCUUGAUAAGAAAUGGAAGGACUAUCACUGUCCAGUUGGAUGAAACACAUCCUGUUGAGAUGAAGCUGAGUUCGUUAGUAGAGAGAAAAAGCAUAAAUGUGUCCAGCCUAUAUGUAGGGGGCAUUCCUGAGGGUGAGGGGACAGCCCAGCUCAAGAUGAGACAAUCAUUCCACGGUUGUAUCAAAAACCUGAUCUUCAACAUGGAGCUGUUGGAUUUCACCAGUUCAGUUGCCUAUGGACAAGUGGAGUUGGACACCUGCUUGCUUUCAGCAAGGUCCGAAAUGACACUUCCUGGAGUGGACAGCCAGCUCCCACCAGAGCCCCGGCCUCUGCCAAGCCCGGAGCAGUGUGCUGUGGAAACUGUCCCACACUACAUCCUUGGUGCUUACCAGUUUGGCCUUGCGCAAGAUAGCCAUUUUGUGUUGCCCUUUAAUCAGUCAUCUGUCCGGAAGAGGCUGUCGGUUCAGCUCCGUAUCCGAACUUUUGCCUCCAGUGGUCUGAUUUACUAUAUGGCCCAUCAGAACCAGGUUGACUACGCUACACUGCAGCUGCACGGAGGCCGCCUCCACUUCAUGUUUGAUCUGGGAAAGAGCAGAACAAAGGUCACCCACCCCACACUGCUCAGUGAUGGCAAGUGGCACACGGUCAAAACAGAAUACUUUAAGAGAAAGGGCUUCAUGACGGUCGACGACCAGGAAUCUGCCAUAGUGACCAUAGUCGGAGAUGGUACCACAUUGGACGUGGAGGGAAAGUUGUACCUUGGAGGGCUCCCUUCUGAGUACAAAGCCAGGAAUAUUGGAAAUAUCACCCACAGUAUUCCUGCUUGUAUUGGAGAGGUGACACUGAACGGCAGGCAGCUUGACAGGAACACGCCACAGUCCAUGUUUGCAGUGAGCAGGUGCUAUGCAGCAGCCCAGGAAGGGACCUUCUUUGACGGAAGUGGAUACGCUGCUCUUGUGAAAGAGGGUUACAAAGUGCGCUCAGAUAUCAACAUUACUCUGGAGUUCCGCACCGCCUCUAACAACGGAGUCCUCCUGGGCAUCAGCAGUGCCAAAGUGGACGCCAUUGGACUAGAAAUCGUAAACGGCAAGCUCUUAUUCCAUGUUAACAACGGUGCUGGGAGAAUAACAGCCACAUACGAGCCCCCAGCUACCCAUACACUCUGCGAUGGGAAAUGGCACACACUUCAGGCUCACAAACGCAAGCACCGCUUGGCUCUGAUCGUGGAUGGAAAUGCAGUUCGUGCCGAGAGUCCACACAGCCAGUCCACCUCUGCAGACACCAACAAUCCCAUCUAUGUCGGUGGCUAUCCUGCUGAUGUCAAGCAGAACUGCCUGAGCACCCGGACCGCCUUCCGUGGGUGUUUGAGGAAGCUCACGCUGAUGAGGGGCCCACAAGUUCAAUCCUAUGACUUCAGUAGAGCCUUUGAGCUCCGAGGAGUUUUCCCGAAUUCCUGUCCUGGCACAGAGCCCUGAAAUUCUGGGUUGCUUCUGGUUGGGGAUCAUUGAAUAUAUUUUGAGAAUUGUUUUUGUGAAUUA